CAGUGCAAAUUGUAGAAACUAAAUUUGUUAGCGUUUCAUGCAGCUCUGUUUAGCUUUUCGGCUGACAGUAUAAUAUUUUCAAUAUAGGUUAAGUAAAGUUAUUUUGUUGUGUUUUGAAAUAAACAAAGUACGAAAUGGGUGUUACGAUUUUACAACAGUUUCCUAUUGAAAACAGGACAGGACCUGCGACAAUCGAAUUACUAACAAAAAGAAUAUCUGCGCUGGGAGCAGUUCAACAAGGACAUUUCUUAGUAGACUGUGAAACAUACUCAUCAGUGGCAAACUUAGGGCCACCAAGGACUGUACAUGUAUUGCACAACUCCGAGCAACCAGCAAGUUGUUUUUCUAUUCUGGAUACUGGUACAAAAACAAUUCCAUUGGCAGCAGAUGGCCUCUUUGACUUAUUAAUGCUUAAAAUGAAUUACUUUUAUCAAGCGAAAAAGCAAACAAAGGCAGAAUCAAAAGGGCCUCGUUUUGAAAUUGGUGAUUUCUGUGUGAAAUUAGGAACUGUUACAGUGAGUCAGAACUUUAAAGGUAUUUUAGUUGAGGUCGAAUAUAGACCUUGUGUUGUACCUGGAAUGUGCUGGGAGUUGAUAAGAGAAUUUAUGCAAGGUGUUCUGGGAUCAUCUGUGCAGAGUAAUCCACCACCUUAUUUGGCAACAAGGAUGCAAGAAAAUUAUACUCCAAUUGAUACAAUUCAUCAGUAUCUAGAGCAUUUCACAAUGUUUAGGAAAUCACCUGGCAUGAGAACAUGAAAUAUUAUUAUUAUUUAUAAAUAUAUAUAUAAAAUAGAGAAAAUUGUCAUGAAAUUAACAAAUAAUAA